AUGUCGGUAGAGAAAGAUGGCAGAGUCCCUGGAGGCUUAUCUGGCACUCAAAGGUUCCUAAAGAAAACAUCUCACAAGUCUUUGCCAUCGGAGUUUUCCAGAAGACAUCUCAUUAAGCAGCCUGCAAAUAACAUUACCCUUAGAGUUUUGGAUGGAAGAAUAUGGUCUGUUGAAUUCACAUAUACUAAAGAGAAAGCCCAAUUCCAGGGUGGCUGGUUGACAUUUGUGAAGGACAAUAAUUUGGAAGUUGGCGAUGUGUGUGUCUUUGUCUUGAUUAAGGACAUCAAGCUUUUAUUAGGUGUUUUCUUUUUCCGCACUUCAGAAGCUACAACUUGGUUCUUGUCUAAUGUAUUUGCCAAGACAUAUCUUACGAAGCUGUCUUCUGGCGUAGCCAUCCUUCAAGUUUCAGAUGGAAGAACUUGGCCUGUUAACUUCAAGUUUGAUCAUGCAAACUCAAGGGCUCGACUCAUGAAGGGUUGGUCACCUUUUGUGAGGGACAAUAAUUUGAAAGUCGGUGAUGUGUGUAUCUUUACACUGAUUAACUGCACUGAAUUAGUAUUUGAUGUUGUCUUUUCCCCCACUGAAGAGUCUGCAGAGCGCCCCUUGUCAACAGGCCAUGGCAGAGGAGCAACUGUUCAAGUCCGAGAAAUGAAACGCCCCCUAGUUGAAGUUGAAUCCGAAUGCGGCAUGAAUUGUGAAAUUGGCAAGAACAAAAUGUCAAAUAUUAGUGGGCAGGUUACUCAAAGGCCUUCUUCAUCCUUGAGGACAGCAAGGGUUAAUCUUGAAGCUGCAAGCAAGUUUUCAUCAAAGAAUCCCUUCUUCAAAGUCACCCUGGGGUCGGGCCAUACUGUGCAUGUACCAGUUAACUUCGCUAGGAGUUUCAUCAAACAGGAGAAGCAAACAGUGAUGCUUCAGGUCAAAGAUAGAUAGUGGCCUGUGAGUUUGAUUUCUUAUAAGCCAUGUGCAACUUCUAUCAGUCAGGGUUGGGCUGCAUUUGCAAAGGAAAAUUGUUUAAGAGAAGGAGACGUUUGCAUAUUUGAGCUCAUUGAGAUGAAUGACAUUGUACUGAAACGUCACAUUUUUAGA